AUGGCAGAUGUACCUCCAACCGAGUCAAUGGUCUUGACAACUUUUAAGAACCAAAUCAAUGUGCCACCUGCGGAGGACUAUUCAAGGUUCCUUUAUAACGAGACAAAUGACGGUACUUACCACAGCAGUAGCGAUGAAAACUCUCAAAAGUCCUUCACAGGCUACGCUACUCUAGAUGCACCACCAAGCUAUGAUUUUUACGCCAACACUGCAGUCCAGGGGAGGGUGCGCAAGUUAAGACCAUCUCUUUACCAGCUGCACUCAGUACUUGAGGACGAUGGUAUUCCCCCACCAGUCUAUGAGGAGGCUAACCGAUCAACCCAAGUGGGCAUUACGGGGGAGAGCUCGGAUGAUGAGCGGGAGACGGAGCCUCAAGUAGAGCCAGCGAGGUUUGGAUGGGUGCAGGGGGUUAUGAUUCGUUGCAUGCUCAACAUCUGGGGAGUGAUCUUGUUCCUGCGGCUGCCUUGGAUUACAGCGCAGGCAGGGAUCGGUCUCACCUGGGUCAUCAUCCUGCUGUCCUCCUGCAUCACAGGGAUUACGGGGUUGUCCACCGCUGCGAUUGCCACCAAUGGCAAGGUCAAAGGAGGUGGCACUUACUUCCUGAUCUCACGCAGUUUGGGUCCUGAGCUGGGCGGAUCCAUCGGGCUGAUUUUCGCCUUUGCCAACGCUGUGGCAGUUUCCAUGCAUACUGUGGGCUUUGCUGAGACCGUGCAGACGCUCAUGCAGGAGAGCGGAUCCAGCAUGGUGGACCCCAUCAAUGACAUCCGCAUCAUCGGAGUAAUCACUGUCACGUGUCUGCUGGCUAUAUCUCUGGCUGGGAUGGAAUGGGAGUCUAAGGCCCAAGUCAUCUUUUUCCUGGUCAUUAUGAUCUCUUUUGUAAACUAUUUUGUGGGCACCGUCAUCCCAGCCACACCCCACAAGCAGGCUAAAGGCUUCUUCAGCUACAGAGUGGAUAUUUUUGCUGCCAACUUUGUGCCGAGCUGGCGGGGGCCAGAUGGCAGCUUCUUUGGCAUGUUCUCCAUCUUCUUUCCAUCGGCGACGGGCAUCCUGGCUGGUGCCAACAUCUCCGGGGACCUGAAGGACCCGGCGAUAGCAAUUCCCCGUGGAACCCUGAUGGCCAUAUUCUGGACCACGAUUUCAUAUCUUCUCAUCUCUGCCACUAUCGGAUCGUGUGUGGUUCGCGAUGCGUCGGGGGGUCUGAAUGAUACCUUGGCCACGCCUGGCUCUGACGACUGCCUUGGUCUGGCCUGUCACUAUGGCUGGAACUUCAGUGACUGCAUCAACAAUAAAACCUGCACCUUCGGCAUCAGUAACUACUACCAGAGUAUGAGCAUGGUGUCAGGGUUUGCUCCCCUCAUCACAGCUGGCAUUUUUGGGGCGACCCUCUCCUCAGCCCUGGCCUGCCUCGUCUCUGCACCCAAAGUUUUCCAGUGUCUGUGCAAAGACCGGCUCUAUCCCUUCAUCGGUGUCUUUGGAAAGGGCCACGGGAAGAACGACGAGCCAAUCAGAGGCUACCUGCUGACCUACAUCAUCGCCAUCUGCUUCAUUCUUAUUGCUGAACUGAACACCAUCGCCCCAAUCAUCUCCAACUUCUUCCUGUGCUCCUAUGCCCUCAUCAACUUCAGCUGCUUCCAUGCCUCCAUUACCAACUCACCGGGCUGGAGGCCCUCCUUCAGGUUCUACAGUAAGUGGGCGUCUCUGCUGGGUGCGGUGGUGUCUGUGGUCAUCAUGUUCCUGCUGACCUGGUGGGCUGCCCUUAUCGCCAUCGCCAUCGUCCUCUUCCUGCUAGGAUACGUGUUGUACAAAAAGCCCUCUGUGAACUGGGGCUCCUCUGUCCAGGCCAGCUCCUACAACAUGGCCCUGUCCUACUCUGUGAGCCUCAACCAGGUGGACGACCACAUCAAGAACUACAGGCCCCAGUGUCUGGUCCUCACUGGCCCUCCCAGUUCCCGCCCAGCCCUGGUGGACUUUGUUAGCACCUUCACCAAGAACCUGAGCUUAAUGAUGUGUGGCAACGUGGUUGUCGCUGAACCCUCCCCUGCAGCCACAGAAUCGCUGGGAAGCAGCAGUCAUGUGACCUGGCUGAACCAGCGGCAUGUAAAGUCCUUCUACCGCGGCGUGGUGGCGGAUGACCUGCGGGGCGGGGCCCAGAUGCUGCUGCAGGCCUCAGGUUUGGGUCGGAUCAGGCCAAAUGUCCUGGUGAUGGGAUAUAAACAGAACUGGCACAAGGAGCGGCCGCACUCUGUGGAGAAUUAUGUGGGCAUCUUACAUGAUGCAUUCGACCUACAGUAUGGAGUGUGUGUUCUGCGGAUGAAGGAAGGUUUGGAUGUCUCCCAUAGCCCCCAGGCAAACGGUGAGGAACACAUUUUUAAAGUACAAUCAUGAAUACAGACAGCUGACAGAAACAUGUUGUUGGCAGUGGAUCCUGCUGCUUUGGUGGCAGCCCCGCAGCCCAGCACAGAGUUCCAGUCCAAGCAGGGGAAGAAGACCAUAGAUGUCUACUGGCUCUCUGAUGAUGGGGGUCUGACGCUGAUGCUGCCCUACCUGCUAAGCAGAAAAAAGCGCUGGGCAAGGUGCAAGGUGCGCGUGUUUGUGGGCGGAGAGGUCCAGCAGAUGGAGGAGCAGAAGAAGGAGAUAAUGGCCCUCAUCAGCAAGUUCCGCCUCGGCUUCCAUGACGUCCAGGUGCUUCCUGACAUUGGCGAGAAGCCACAGCCUGAACAUGUUAAGAGGUUUGAGGACGUGCUGGGGCCCUACAGGCUGAACGACGGGCAGAAGGGCAGCAGUGCACUGGAGCAGAUGAGGGAAGGCUGUCCCUGGAAAAUAUCUGACGAGGAGCUGGAGAGAAAUAAGGCCAAGUCCCUAAGACAGGUCCGUCUGAAUGAGAUUCUACAGGAUUACUCCAGAGAUGCUGCCCUAAUUGUCUUGACCAUGCCUGUGGGACGGCGGGGGGGGUGUCCCAGUACCCUCUACAUGGCCUGGUUGGACACCCUAUCACGUGACCUGAGACCCCCUGUCUUACUCGUCAGGGGGAACCAGGAAAACGUUCUAACCUUCUACUGCCAGUAA